UAUGAAAUGACUAACAAAAUUGGAAAAGAAAAAUAAAAUUUGAUCCUAGAAUUGUAAACAAUUACUCCCUAUUUAAUUUGGAAGGGAUAGUAAAAACCUAUACGUUAGAGGUAGAAAUUGUGUGACUGUGAGGAAGGAGAAGAUUGAAGAGGUAGAAAUUGUGAUAGGAAGGAAUACGAAAACAGGACUCGGAGAAUUUUUCCAAUGGAGAAACAACGGCGGCCUUGCGCCGCCUGCUUCAGAGAUCUUCUUUCCUGCUACUCUCCGGUCCAUCAGAUGAAGCAGUACUAUAGAGUUGGGGUUCUUGACAAUUGCUAUGAUAAAUGGAGUGCUCUUUCUGACUGCUUGAGAUCCAAAAAGGUGGAGGGGAACAUAAAGAAGCCUCACAUCUGGACUUUUCGAACUCCAGAAGAAGCAGGAAGCCAUUGGAAUCUGCUCUUUGGCCACAUUGUCAAUAAGAAAAAGAAAUAAAGUUGCAGUCAGUAGUAGUUUAGCUGAAGCAAAAGUAAUUUUUUUUCCAUUGGUAAGUUACUGGUUUUCUUUUAUUGGAGGGAAUGAAUUCUUAACUUGAGAUGGUGUUAAUCGUUUAUUCCAUCUUAAAGUAAGGGUCAUUUUCUUCUGCAAGAAGAGAUCACUUUUUCAGUUCAACACUUGUGUUUAUUUUUUAAUCAUAUUUUUCUGAGGGGCUUUGGGAGUUUUGGGGGUGGGGGGGGUUGGAAAAAGAAAAAGUAGUAGUAGUAGUGAAAAACAAUUAUGAUGAAUGCAGAAUUCCUAUAUUUGCUUUUGUAUUUGAACCCAUAGUCUCUGGGAAACAUCUCUACUUCAAUUUUUUUAGUAGGGAUAAGUUUUGGGUACACCAUCUUUUCAGAUUACUUUUUUUUUUGGGAAAGGAAAGCCCUAUCCCCGAGGGCUCUUGAGACCUGGCCGGACGGUCACUGAGAAGAGGUAUAUUUGAUUUUGAUUGCAGAUUGGUGGUAGAGAAUAGAGCCUGCACCUAGUACUUGUAGAGACCUUGUAUUUAGUUGUCAGGAAUCAAAUUCGUGUCUACCUCUUGGCACUUCCUGCCUUUGCCAACUGCGCAACGCUCGUCGACUAUUUUUUUUAUUACUCGUAUUUCAUUGAGAGGUGUAAAUAUACCUAUAUUCUUGUA